UGUUCAAAGCUCAAAGUUCAGCUGGCAGACAGAGACGAUCCACAGACGCCAACAAGAAGAAGAAGAAGAAUCAGAGUCUAAAACAGGAAAUAUUUCUCUUCACUGAAACCGCAGAAGACUGAAAUCUGACAGAUUUGGAGGAACUCGGUGUGUAAUAUCUGAAUCACAGAUGGAUUAUACCUGAAGACGAGCAGGGCGGAUAAACUCAGAGAUCACCGCCGAUCGGCUGGCGGCCAUCUUUGAGAGACGACACAGUGUCCAGCCGGGGCCCUCCUAGACCCGCCUCAGUCCCCGGCUGCAACGACCCCUGCUGGGCAUCAUGGAGCCUGGAGCAGGCCGGCUGCCACUCCAGGUACUGGGAGAGAACGAGGCGCUGCAGCAGUUCUUCAGUGGUCAGGAUGUGAGUGGCGUGUUGGACAGUUCUGUCGCUGUGGAUACGAGCAUCCUGGAGCAGUACCUCAGCAAUGACAUGGACCCCAACAGUUUCAUGCUCCCUGAGUCUCCUCCUGACUCGAGCUCGGAGGCUUGUUCACCUGCACAGUUACCAGACUUCCAUUACGAGCCUUCCUAUUGGCCCAACCAGCAGACCAACCAGGAAGCGUUUUAUCCAACACAACGGACUCUCACCUCUUCGUCCUGUCGCUUUAAGGAUCGAGGCCCCGCCCCCGCCCAAGAUGAGCUGCUGACCCACGAUCAGCUCCGCAGUCUGGGCCUCACUAACACCUACGUCAAGUCUGGGGCCUCACCUGCUCCACCUGCCCACCUGCACCAGCACACACCUGAACACACACACUACCUGAGUCCAGACAACUGCCCGCAGGUUUACACCCCUCCAACACCUCCUUCCCCACCACAACAACCGCCACCGACCCUCACAAACAGCUACGCCACACCCUGCACUGCUCCCGGCCUGGUCCCAGAUAUAGCCACGGGGGGCCUGAUGGGCCCCACCUCCACACUACACAGCUACUCCCCAGAGAGUAAAAAGAGGAGGAGAUCUGAGUCUGAGGAACCAUCGGUGGGAGUCGAAGCGUCCUGCAGUGAGGCUGACGGGACUCGAGGAGGCAGUGGAGGGAACGGCGUGGGUGGUGGUGGACUGAGUUUGGGAUCCUACCAGCUGCUGACUUGGGAUCAGUACAGGCUGGAACAUUGGAGCGCUUUGUACAAUAGCAGCUACCAGACACUGUCUCCUCCUGCCUACCACGUCGACACAGAUAAAGGCUUCAUCUACUCCACAGCUGACGAGGCCUUUGUCUGCCAGAAGAAGAAUCACUUCCAGGUCACCAUUCACAUCGGCGUAGCUGCAGAGCCGCAGUACGUCAAAACGCCCAGCGGGCCGCAGUUGGUCGACCACUUCCUGAUAAAAGUGUUCGGGGUCAAGCUGGAAUCUCCAAGCCACCAGGUGACCAUUGAGCAGUCUCAGCCCGACCGCAGCAAGAAGCCCUUUAACCCAGUCAGGGUGGCUCUGCCCAGCGGCAAAAUCACCAAGGUAACUCUCGGCCGACUGCACUUCAGCGAGACGACGUCCAACAACAUGAGGAAAAAAGGCAAACCCAACCCCGACCAGAGAUACUUUCAGAUGGUGGUUGGUCUGUACGCUGCAGUGGCAGGAGAGGAGACUUUUCUUAUCACGGCUCUGGUUUCGGAGAGAAUCAUCGUCAGGGCUUCCAACCCCGGUCAGUUUGAGACGGAAGGGGACGCACUGUGGCAGCGUGGGGCGGUGCAGGACGCUGUGGUCUGUCAAGGCCGAGUGGGCAUCAACACCGACUCCCCCGACGAGGCGUUAGUUGUCUGUGGCAACGCCAAAGUGAUGGGCGCCGUCAUGCAGCCAUCCGACUACCGCGCCAAGCAAAACAUACAGGAGGUUGAUUCUGAGCAGCAGUUGAAGAGGAUCACUCAGAUGAGAAUAGUUGAGUUUGAUUAUAAACCAGAGUUUGCGUCCACUAUGGGAAUAGACCACACCCACCAGACAGGUAUAAUAGCUCAGGAGGUGAAGGAGCUGCUGCCGUCGGCGGUGAAGGAGGUCGGAGACGUCAGCUGCUCCGACGGAGAGAAGAUUCAUAACUUCCUCAUGGUGGACAAGGAGCAGAUCUUCAUGGAGAACGUCGGGGCGGUGCAGCAGCUGUCGAAGCUCACCGACAACCUGGAGACCCGAAUCAUAGAGCUGGAGGUCUGGAACCGCCGACUGGCAAAGCUAAAGAGCCUGACGGGCAGCCUGCGCUCCACCGGGAAACCUAGAAAACACAGCAGCGUGUCGAUGUCGUCGAGUCCUGACGAUUGUAAGACCGGGAAAGUUCAGAAGGAAGGCUGGAGUCAGAAGUACAGACACUGUCUGCGGCAUAAAGUCUUCCAGGCCAGCGUCUUCACCCUGCUGGCCACCAUGGCGUUCUGCAUCAUCUCUAUCACUGCUCUGUACCUACUAAAUUUGAAGGACGGAGACUUUGAUGCAUUUCCCGGCAGCAGUAACGGGAGCGUGGUUCCUCCGCAGACCACAACCUGGAGCAGCACAGUCACACCGACCACUGUACCCGGACCCUGGCCACCAGACGUGGACUUCUGUGACCUGCUGUACUGUGAUCAGGUGUACUGCUGCACUCCACCAACAGGGGGCAGCACCGACUCCAACAUCACCUCCACUGAAUCAGCUGCAGCAGAAAAGUCUAAUCUGACAGAAAGAAGAAGAGAAAAACUUUAUCACCAGCUGAAAAGUGCCAGAGACUGGACAAACACCACCAUCCAGUCUUUCAUGAUCAAAGAGAACCAGCAGGUGAUUGACAGAAAAUACUGCCUGAGAGACGAAUGUGGACCAGGUAGAUUCGCCUACAGAGUUCCCAUCAGCCCGUUUGUUCCAGUCAACAUGAGAGUCACUUUAAUCAUGAACUCCACCGAGCUGCUGGUGGUUCACCUGUGUAGUUUUGAUGAGUCAGCGUCCUGCUCUGCUCUGCUGGAUAUAAACACUGUCACUGGAACCAGAUACCCUUCAAACACACAGGGCGAACACGAAUGGCCUCUUCACGUGUCUCGUCUUUAUCACAGCUCGUACCACUUUCGUUCCACAGUGGCUGGUCAAGCAAACUGCAGUACUGACCAUCACUUCGCGGGGGCGCUCUUCACUGACUACUACUUCCACUUCUACAGACGCUGCACAGACUCGUAGACACUUAUUAUAUUAAACAGACGACAAUCAGAGAAAUAGACGCAGACUUCUGCUUUUAUGUAUUUUUUUUAAAGCUGCGAAUGCAUUUUUAUUGUGAUAUGAGUCACUUUUGCUGAUAGAUUUUACUGCGUAAUCUUAUAAAUGUUCUCCAGUGGAAGUUCAGUCAGAUCAGAUACACAAUAUUUAAUUUCUUUUUACUGUCUUUUAUUCGCUUUGUGAGAAAGUGAGCCGACAAUUUAACAUCCAGCACUUAAAAUUAUUCAUUUUCAGUAGUCAGACAUGUAAAUUACUUUAACAUUGAUGCACAGAAAUCUUUUAAAGCAGUUUAGUUGUUUCUUUGCUGCUUAAAGCACCAAAAGGUAUGGAAGUUCAUUUCUGCCAAUAUGACGGGAAAAAGGAUUCUGUAAGUCAUUAUAAUGAGAAACUUUCUCAAAAUAAUGACUUAGUAUCUUAAAAUAAUUAUUUAUUAUCUCACAAUAAUGACUUAGUAUCUUAAAAUAAUGACUCAUUAAAUCAUUAUUUUGAGAACAUUUCUCAUUACAAUAACUUACAGAAUCCAUAAACAGGAGGUUUUGUUUUUGUUUUUUAGGCCUGUAAAAACUCUUAAAGGUAAAUAUCAGACAAGGCUUUUGCAGGUUCAAACACCAAAAAGGUUGUGAAUCAAUUCAUUAAAAGAUAAAUACGUUUGAAAAGUGACUUUUAUGAUAACGUUUAUCUGCUGUAAAACACUGAUCUCAACUGUGUGGAAGAAAUUUUGGGAUUAUUUUCAAAAUUCCAAGAAAAAGGUUAAAAUUGUGCGAAUUUAAGAACUUUCUAAAAGAAAUAAAGAUUAAAUUUUGAUCUCAGAACGUUGUUGUUGUUGUUUAAAACAACAAAACUUAAAGGUAAUUAUUUAAACAAAUAAAUAUGAGAAGUUUGUCUGACUGAUGUUAAAAUGUUAAAAUUACUUAUUAAAAACAAGUUAUUAGUUAUUUCUGAGUGUGAAACUGUUCAAAUGAAUCCUUUCUAUGAGCUGAACGUGACUGAAUCCUGACUGCUCUGCUUUAUGUGAAAUAAAAACAAGUAAAUAAAAAUGUUUUUAAAUCAAA